GAUUCUUUUUUCCACAAUAUUUCACUUUUACUUACUCAAUGAUUGGGUCAAACACCAGCUGUUUAGCAACACGGCAAGCUGAACCCUUUUGGAAUAUUGUCACAUACGCGUGCUGUCAAAAUCAACCAAUCACUUUUGGAGCAAAAAACCUGGAGCAAACCGAGGUAUCAUCUUGACCACUCUUCUCUUAGGCACCGCCAGGGCAUAAUAAACAAAAUAUUUUUGACAGUUACUAGUUUUGCACGUUUCGUUACUCUUUUCGCUCCGGCCGGUUUUAUUUUGUUCUUAUUUACUCGGCACUCGAAACUAGCAGCAUGGCCUCCGAAAGCGACUACCCGUUUCGGUUUCCGGCGCCGAAAUUCGGUGACGAAACCAAGAAAUCACUGGACAGUUUCACUAAACUACGCAACCCGCAUUUUUCAACCCCGUCCGGUAUGUUACUGCCACGGGAAAAGCAGCCGCCACCAAUGUACGGACCACGAGGCUCAACAGUGCCGCCGAGAUUUCUCAACUCUUACCGCCGAGGGCGGGGUGGUCGCGGUGGGGACAAACGCGACAACUAUCAGUAUCAGUUCCUAAAGGGACCUCAACAAAGACACCAUGAACCGCAUUUCGAGAAAGAUGUGAUCCCGGAACUACUACAGGUGGAUUGGUCUCUCUGGUGUGAGGGAUGCGAUGUCAAUUGUAGAUCUGAGCAAGAAUUUCAAGCCCACUUGAAUGCCCAUCAACGCUGUCAGGUACCAGGAUGUCAAUAUUCAGGCCACCCAAGCGCUAUGAAGCGACAUUGGAGACUUGCUCAUGACGAGGCCAAGCAACUUGAGAAGGCUCAAAUGCAAACCAAACAAAGCCCAGAAGAGAUUGCCAGCUGGCGCGAAGAGAGAAGAAAACGGUUUCCCACUAGGGAGAACGUCGAACGUAGAAGAGAAGCUCAACAGGAACGUUUCAAGCGAGGUGAACGCAUCGAAGAAAACAAAAGUAGAUUUCCCAACAGAACCGAGCGGGAUGAUAGGCAACCUAAUUCGCGCAGAGGCAGAGGCCGCUUCGGGGCAAGAGGCAAAAAACGCUCUCGAAAACGAAAUGAUUUUGAGUCAAAGGAACAAACAGAUUCGGAUAGCGAAGAUAAUUCGCCCCGUGUUUCCUUCAAAGGUACCUCGGAUUUAAAAAACUAUCAGACAAAGCCCGUAAAUGCUUUAUCUUUGCUCGGAGCGUACGGAAGUGAAAGUGAAUCCGAAGAGGAAGGUGAAUUAUCGGAACAUAAUACCGUACCAGAUGUCCAAAAAGAAGAAAUUUUUGUACAAAUGGAGAAUCAAUCGCAGCUUUCCAACCCGGAAAGCAUUCCUAUAAGUGACGGAGAAGUUGAAGAAGAAAAACAUUCAUCGGACGGAGAAAUCGAGUCAAAUUUAUCGGUGAAUGUAGAGGAAAUGUUAGAAGGACCUAUCAUCGAGAACCUACCCGACUUAGAAGGCGAAGCGAAUAUAACCGAGCCCAGUUCUUCCAAACGAAGACCUCGAACCCGUAAGCGUCGCCACGCAUCCAACCCAGAGCAACCGGUACCAUCUGCCCCUGCUUCCAAGCAAGUUCGAGUUGAACGACCCAUUCUAGACUACCGCAAGCUGCGUCAAACCCGUCAGAACACAAUGCUAGAAAAACUAUUGGAACCGGACAUACGGCAUGAGCGAAAUGUGCUGCUGCAGUGCGUUCGAUUUGUGGUGGAAAAUAACUUCUUCGGAAUUGGUCUUUGUUUGCAAACGCCUCAAACACAAAACCAAGAACCAGUCGAAAAAUAAAAACCAAUUUGC